GAUUUAUCGACGCCUACUGUGGUGGGAUAAUGUAAGCGUGAGUAAAAUUUCCACCUUUCAACAGUUUAAACUAAAAUUUAUGCCACACUUGCCAUUUGGCGAAGUAUAAGAGUAGCAUCUUUGAAAGGCAUAAAACUAGCGACUACUGCGGAAUCGACAGGAGCCACCAUGACAGCUAUUCCCUCUGCUAUAGUACUGUAUUUGAAGUUUGCGUUUUAUAUGGUACAGUCUUCAACUGGUCGCUGGCCUAUAAAAUACAGAAGUUGCUGUGUUGGAAAGAGCAAGAGGCACAGUCCUUCCAGAGAUACGUGCAUUAGCAAUAGAGAAUGGAAGGGGCUGGUGAGAGGGAUGAGAUUGGACGCGAAGCUCACCAUGGAGGUGCAGUGCAGAGUGGUGGCGAGCACAAGGACAGCACAACCGGUGACGAAAAAGAUGAGGAAUUCCAGGUGCAGCCAAGAUGGAGGAAGUUCUUGGCUCAUGUUGGGCCUGGAGCUCUUGUGGCCAUUGGCUUCUUGGAUCCUAGCAACUUGGAAACUGACAUGCAAGCUGGAGCUGACUUCAAGUAUGAGCUUCUGUGGGUCAUCUUAGUUGGGAUGAUCUUUGCGCUCUUUAUACAAACAGUAUCCGCCAACCUUGGAGUGAAAACCAGGAGGCAUCUUGCUGAACUCUGCAGGGAAGAGUAUCCCCACUUCGUCAAUAUUUGCUUAUGGAUCAUUGCAGAGCUUGCAGUAAUUUCUGAUGACUUUUUCGUGUUGGGUACCGCCUUUGCAUUCAACAUAUUGUUCAAAAUUCCUGUGUGGGCUGGAGUUAUCCUCACGGUGUUCAGCACCCUCUUGCUUCUUGGUGAGAGAUUUGGUGCCCGGAAACUGGAGUUCAUCAUAGCAGCGUUCAUGUUCACCAUGGCAGGCUGCUUCUUCGGAGAAUUGAGCUACCUUAGUCCAUCUGCUAGAGAUGUGACCAAGGGCAUGUUUGUCCCCUCUCUGCGAGGGAAAGGUGCUACUGCCAAUGCGAUCGCGCUCUUUGGCGCUAUCAUCACACCGUACAACUUGUUCUUGCACUCUGCCCUGGUCCUCUCACGGAAGACCCCACGGUCAGACAAAAGCAUCAGAGCGGCCUGCAGAUACUUCCUUAUAGAGUGCAGCCUUGCUUUCGUCGUGGCGUUCCUCAUCAACGUCGCGGUGGUUAUCGUUGCUGGAUCCAUUUGUAGCGCUAAUAAUCUCUCUCCGGCCGAUGCCGGCGCUUGUGGCGAUCUUACUCUCCAAUCUGCACCUCUGCUGCUCAGAAAUGUUUUGGGGAGAUCAAGCUCUGUUGUGUAUGCGGUUGCGCUGCUAGCUUCUGGGCAAAGCACCGAAAUUAGUUGCACAUUCGCUGGGCAGGUCAUCAUGCAGGGGUUUCUGGACAUCAAGAUGAAGAACUGGGUUAGGAACCUCAUCACCAGGGUCAUCGCCAUUGCUCCAAGCCUUAUAGUCUCCAUUGUGAGCGGUCCGUCAGGCGCUGGCAAGCUAAUCAUCCUUUCCUCGAUGGUUCUUUCUUUUGAGAUGUCGUUCGCUCCCAUCCCUCUCCUCAAGUUUUGCAACAGCAGGAAGAAAGUAGGACCCCUCAAGGAGUCCAUCUAUGUAAACGUGAUCAUCGCGUGGGCCCUCAGUGUGGCACUCAUCAUCGUCAACACCUACUUCCUGGUAUGGACCUACAUAGACUGGCUGGCACAUAACCACCUCCCAAGGUACACCAACGCGCCGGUCUUUGUGCUCGUCUUUGCGCUCAUGGCUGCCUACCUCGUCGCCGUUGUGUACCUGAUGUUUAGGAAAGACAUGGUGGUGACGUAUGUACCAGUGGCAGAGAGGGUGCAGGGCCAGGCGGAGGCUGGUAGGGCACCGGUGUUGGCGUCCGGUGCAGACGGAGACCAGCCGACGCCGUACAGGAAAGACCUAGCCGAUGCCUCAACCACUGGCGGAGCUAUGUGCAACCCUACAGGUGCCAUGCCUCCCCAUCCUUUCCAAAUUUACUGAAGAAUUUUUGUAGAGAGAGAUUCAGAUUGGAAAAAUAGAGAUGUUUUCCACUAUCUUUUCUCUUUGCCCCCCCCCCCCAAUCUUCCUGGUCAAGCUCCGCCACUAGCCUCAAUGUAGCUAGUAUACCAUGAUGGAUGACAAUGUGCUCAAUGGUGUCCUUUGCUUAUGUGCUAUGGUUAUACUUCCCUCAAGCAUGUUGUGCAUCCUAUAAAUGUUCAGUGCAUACAAGUGUAAUUACUAUUGUGGUUGGUUGCAUUUGUUGAAACAUCCAUAUGUGUGGUGGCCUGUAUUUGUGAAGACAUGCUAAAGUGAGAGUUUUUUUGG